AUGUGUCCUUUGCAGCAGCUGCCAUUUCACAAAAAGAUCAAAGAGAUCAGGGAAGGAGGCGGCUGGACGCUGGUGGCGACUGUCCAUGAGAACAACAAUGCUGAACUGCCAGAUGGAGACGGGAACUGGUCCAACAGAAACACCUUUGGAACAGCAGAGGGGGCCACCUCAGGUGAUUUUAAGAAUCCAGGCUACUAUGAUAUAGUAGCAGAAGACAUGUCUGUAUGGCAUGUUCCCAACAACUUCCCACUGGAGCACAGGAAACUGGCAGCCAUCCUCCGCUACUACACUGACAACCGCUUUCUCCGCCUGUAUGGAGGGAAACUCUUUCAGCUCUUCUUGCAAUAUCCAGUGAGAUACAACAUUGGCUCCUUUAGCAACAGAGGGCCAGCUAUUCCCAUCGUGUUCGACCAUGGAGACAGAGAGUCCACCAAAAUAUUAUACGGACCCAAUCCUAGAGUGGAGUUUGAACCAGAUUUCAUCACAUUCAGAGCAACAAACAACGAACGCUCAGUCAUGGCUAUCUGCUCUGGGGUCAAGCCGACCACAGGAUACAACACUGAACAUUACUGUAUAGGAGGAGGUGGAUAUUUCCACCCUGAUCAGUGUGGGGACUUCCAACCAUUUGACUGGGACAGGCUGGGAAGGGAGCAAGGCUGGAGCGCUUCCAAAGAGAUGACUGAGGCUGCUGUUUUACUGUUCUACUGCUGAGAGCAUUAUUUGCACAUGGAGCUUAUGACUAUAGCACGUCAGUCAACAAUCCGAAUUCGUAGCCAUUUAGAUGUCAGUUCAGGUGUAUUUGAAUAGUUCUUUAUAACAGCAUGUAGCAUGUUACAGAGAACAGAGAACAAGCCUUGUGUUUCUGCCUGUGUCAUUGGCUAUAAAAAACAGAGCAGAUAUUACAGUAAAAGAGUUGUCUUGCUAUUAAGCCGACACACCAGCAGGAGGAGGUAUUUAACUGAUUAUUCACCAACUCACUAUCCACCCCUCCACCACAUGGACUUUCAUGGCUAUUUAUAUCCCUCACACACUGAUUUUACCUGUGACAGUAAGCGUAAGUUGGCAAGCCGUUUCUGCACAAUAAAUGUCAAUGCAAUCUGCAAACGAUGUGAAAUGGCACGCGAAAUGCAAAAAAUGCGUUGGAAUACCAUGCCAAAUGGUGUAAGAAAUCGGCAUGUUAUUCAGGCGCCUUUUGAUGAUACCAGGCUGUUUCUGUCUCUCUUUAGCUGUUCCUAUCCAAUAAUUUCAAAAAACAUUUAAAAAACAACAACAACAAAAAAUCAUGUAAUUAUUAAAGGUCUCACAAAAGACUAGAUAGACACUGUUCCAGCGUCAAAUAAAUGAAUUCCCAAAAAUAAUUACAAACUAUACCAACUCAGUCAGAGCCGGCCCUAGACCUUCGGGGGCCCUAAUCAAAAUUUAGUUGAAGGCCCCUCUCACUGUCGGGUGUUGUCACUAUAUACACAGACACAGAAACAACGUCUCUUGUUUUUAAAUUAGACCUGACAAAUCUUUCUUAUAUUCUUAAACAUGCCAUGUUUGUUUAGCAGAAAAACACAAAAGCAAAUUUCUUAAACCUGUUUGCUGAUUCUGAUGAAAAACAAUAACUAGACUUAACUCUAUAUUAUUAACAGGAAACAUAUGAUACUACCAGUGCUACUGAGCUUAAUGGCAGUGCAAGACUCAGUAGACACUGAUGAACUUAGUUCUGAAUGAAAAGACUGAUAAACUGAUUAUAACCAAAGCUUAAAUCUUUAAUAACAGCCAGAAAAGAAUUUAAGAGACAAAAAAUACAAAACAGUUGAUAGCAUCUUUUCUCAACCAACUAUUUUAUACAUGAUCUAAACAUGUAAUGAUAGAAAAGGCUUUUACUGUCUGAGUGUCUUUUUGGAAAAGUCAAAAUGUCUCUCUCAACUGGUUCU